AAGGCCCAAUUGAUUCCGGGAAAGGAGAGUCGCAGUAGUCUUUCCAACGAACUGCCGCAACUGCUGCAACUGCUACCUAGAGACUGCUAGGGUAGCUGUGAGGUAGCUCUGAAGAAAACGUCACCAACCGCCGUUUUCGUGCACAUCACCCAAAUUACCAAAUUCGCUUCCAUGGUUGCGCGCCUACCGUGAAUCCCGCACCUUCCACUCAACCUUCCCCUUCCUUAACCCCACUACAGCUCUUCUUUUCUUUGGUAUCGGAUUGACCCAUUCUUUCUUUCCUUUCUACACUCUACUUUCGACCUUCGACUUCCUUGGAUCAAACCACCAGUUACUUCCUGGUGGUUCCUGUGCUUUCAUACCGUUUGGGUUCCACUCUCCCGUCUUGAUGAGCGUAGCGACCUUCUCCGACGCCUCUCUCUCGCGCGAAGCCCAGAGUUCUGACUUUGACCUGACCAUUCGCCAGCAGCCCGACCGGGCGCGCGUGGCCGGGGGCAAAGAGAAAGAGCGCAAACCCAUCGAUCCGCCUCCGAUCGUCCAGCUCAGGGUGCGAGAGGAGGGCUCCUAUCUAGCACAGCACUACCUGCAAAGUCCGUACUAUUUCAUGUGCUGCAGCUUGUACGAUGCUUCAGAAGAUCGUCCUGUGCCUGUCGCACCCUCGACUGCCUUGGCAGGGACCCUGGUGUCGUCUCUCCACCGGUUGAAGGACGUGGACAACAGUGAUGGAGGCUUCUUUGUCUUCGGUGACCUGUCAGUGAAGAUUGAGGGCGAGUUUCGGCUCAAGUUCACUUUGUUCGAGAUGCGAAAGGAGGUGGUCACCUACUUGAAGACCAUUGUUUCGGACCGAUUUAGAGUUUCACCUCCUAAGAACUUCCCGGGCAUGAUGGAGUCUACAUUCCUCUCUCGGUCGUUUGCGGAUCAAGGAGUCAAGUUGCGGAUCCGCAAGGAGCCUCGGACCAUGAUGAAACGCUCGCACCCUCGACCGGACGAGUUUCCACAAGCGAUGCCGCCGCGGUCUCCAGAUCGCCAGUCCGUCCAGAUCCCUCCUGCGGCGGGCUUCACAGGCUAUCCGGCGGCGACUCGAGACUACACGUACUAUGGGGCUCCAGUCAAGCGGCAUCGCACCUCAAUUGACUACGGCCGGCAGAGCAUUUAUGACGCUGAUGGAAGAAUGACUCGCCCGAUGGACACGUACGGUCAGCCGGCGACCAUGUACUCCCAGGCAGGCGCAUACCAGACUCCGAUGCAGUACUCGGCUGGACAGGUGGUGCCGGAUUACGGGAUGUCUUACGGUCUGCCGCCUUCAGCGCCCAUGUCCCAGAUGUCUGACCCUUCGGGCCAGAUUCGACCCAGCCAACAAGCUGCGGUGGGACAACUCAUGGCAAUGAACCAGCCCGGUACACCUACCCCAGAUUCGACAGGAGCGAUGAUGGCUCAGGGAUACCCUCGGUCCGGAUACCAGACGAGUCCUACCACUCUUCCUCCCCUGCGGAACGGCAACGGGACCGCGCGAGGCUACUAUGACCACCCUGUCCAGCCAUCUCCCUCGGCCACUCCGAUUCUCCCCUCUCAGAUGGUCCCCGACGGCGAUCGAUAUGGCUCUGCCGGCCCAGCGGCCUUUGAUCCCACCGGGUCUGCGCACGGAACUCCACCCUAAAAGGAUUUCUUUUACCUUUCGUUCGCUCGUUCUUGCCGGGUUGUUUUGACCUUGAAGGUCCUCUCUGGCUGUU